AUUGUCAAUUUGUCAACACUAGACUCCCGACUGUCAGAUUCACAUGUAAAAAUAGUGGGGUUAUAAAAAUACAUACGAGGCAUUUUUUUAUUCCAACUUUCAUUGAGCCGGUGACAUAUAAGAAGUAUUCAUAAAAUGGUGAAAAAGAGGUCAUUUGUGGCUGCUGAAACUCCGGUGCAGCAUUUCAAAUCAGUUGAAGUUAUUGCUGAAGAUGUAACUAAUCACCCCCUAUGUAUGCACGGCCCAACAUUGCUGUUUUCUAGUGAAAAGGGCCGUUUCUUCGCGUGUGCUUCUUGUAGAAACAAGAAGGAUUGCACCGUGCAUAUUGAUGAGGAUGAUUGGCAGAAAGAAGGCGUGAGGCAGAGAAAUGAAAAGUACUACAAACUUAUUCCGAAGUUGGAUAAGGCAGCAGCAUGGAAUCAUUUUAAAGAGGUAAAAUCGAGGCACCCGUCUGACAGGGCUUACUGCCACACAUGCCAAGAACUAUUCAUAGUGUCCCAGAGCAGGAAGCAUCUCAAAGACCACAGAAUUGUUCUACAGCUAACGGAUGAGCAACUUGCACACCCCACUACAUUUUUACUGCCUCUUGAAAACGAUCAGCAGGAGGCACAAUAUACAUUCACUAAAAAAUCUGCCAGCACUGUUCUUGGAAUACUUAAGAAUAACAAAAUAAGCAACAUCCUAUGCAUUGGUACACCAUCAAUACAUGAAGCAGUGCAAGAGAAUCCAGAUUUCGACUCCUUACUCCUGGAUUAUGACACUCGUUACCAGCAGUUCUACCCAAACAACAAGUUCCUGUGGUACAAUAUGUUUAAUAACUACCUGUUCAAUUUGAAUGAGGAUGAGAAAGUGUUGAAGAAAUUUCUUAAAAGCACAAGGAACAAAGGUCUCGCCAUAGUAAUGGACCCACCAUUUGGCGGUCGCGUGGAACCAUUGAUACAGACUAUAAAAGAACUGUCCAAUAUGUACAACAAAAUAUGUGAAAGUGAAGACAAAAUAUUACCAGUGAUCUGGGCAUUUCCUUACUUCGCUGAACCUUAUAUUAAAAACAUGUUACCGGAGAUCAAAAUGCAUGACUAUCAAGUUGAAUAUCAAAACCACAAGAAAUUCCAAAACAAAAAGGGCGGGCGGAAAUUCGGGUCGCCAGUUCGUUUCUUCACAAACCUACCAUUUUCUACCAUUGACCUGUCAAACGACAGUAGUUAUAAACUUUGCAAUAAGUGCAAAUAUUGGGUGUCCACAACAAAUGUACACUGCAACAAGUGUAAAGAGUGUACAAGUAAGAAUGGAAUGACUUAUAAACAUUGUCACGUGUGCAAGAGGUGUGUGAAACCAACAUACAAACAUUGUGAGACUUGCAGCAGGUGUUGCCAGGAGAAACACAUAUGUGGCAUAGUUGUGGAGUCACAGUCUUGCUACAACUGCAAUGAAAAAGGACACAAGAAGUCAGAAUGCCCACAGAAAGAUGGUAGUAGCGCAAAUAAAAAACGCAAGUCAAAUUAAAUGUUUGUUUAAUAAAUAACAAAUAAUACAGUA